AACUGUUCACUUUCUCCAUUUGUCUGAACACAGCUGUGGAGCCAUGGCGAUGUUUGGAAAGGUUUUGGAGCCAGUGGGCUACAUGCAAACUGUGAGGGUCCUGGUCCAGGGCAUCUGCUCCUAUCUGGGCGGCAGCGCCACAGCAGAGGAGAGUGAAGGGGCCAAGAAGAACCUGGACCACAUCGAUCAGGAGCUGGGAGCAUCGGGACACGGCCUGCUGGACGACCAGGAGGUCCACCGGCUGGAGGACGACCUGGCAGUGGUGUACUACCAGCUGGGCACAGCGGUGAGGGCCCAGUCAGACUUCACCAAGAAGGAGACGGAGGUGUUCCUGCAGUACGUGCAGGACUACCGACUGGAGAGGCAGCUGACAGCUCUAUACAACCGUCUGAUGGGAGUGUCGGCGCUGACCGACCAGCCCACGCUGCUGGAGGAGGUCAUACUGAGUCGCAAGCCCAAACGCUGGGAGCUGAGGGAGUUCUGCGUCAAGAUCAACUUUGUCCUGGGCACCGGUCUCCUGUGCCUCUUUACACAGGCUUCUCUGACAGGCAGAGACCAGGCUCUGCUGAUGAAGACCUGGUCUGACCGGAUGGGUGCCCUCUACAGGAAGAUGAAGAACACAGGAGGCCGCUGCUUAGGCUACUUUUUGCAGCAGGCGGAGGGGGAUAUACGGCAGCAGCUCCAAGAGGCCGUGCAGAAACGCGCACCCCCGGAGGAGGCAGCGGGGAGCAUCCUGAAGACCCUGGAGAAGAACUAUGAUUGGCUGCGCUGGGCGGUGAUGCUCCACCCUGCCGUGGGAACCAUGGAGGACGAGAAGGACGAGAAGGAUGAGAAGGACGAGAAGGACGAGGAGACACACAAAGAAAAAGAAGAAAAGGAAGGUGUGCUGCCACAACAGCAGCCCAAUAAUUUCAUUUCUGUGGCGUCUGAAGCACCAAUCCCCCACGUGUUGGCAUGCUAUCGUGACACGCCCACUUCGCUGGACAAGAGCCGCAUCCACCAGCUUAUCGUGGACCUGGAGUGGAAGAUCCCCAACCCGCCACCUGAGGUGUACGCUUCCAUCGAGGAAGACCCAGGCAGAGCGCGGCGCUACCUGGCCUCACGCAUGCUGAGGAAGCUGCAGGAGGGGCUGGGAUCUGGUGUGUCCGUCCACGUGGUGCCGGGCAGGAUGGAGAUGAAGUGCAACUUCCCACCAGCCUCCUACUACCUCUACGAGUACAAACACCGGCUGGCCUCGGGCACAGUGUGCGUGUUUGGAUGAAACAGUAAAGGGAAAGGAAACAACCUGCUGUUCCACACAGAUGUUUCUUAAUCAUAUUAAAGCAUCUGCUUUAUUUGUGUUGCUUUCACAGUGGCAUUGACAUGUCUUGUGUAAUAUAACUUCCAAAUAAAUGUCAUUUUAGAGAAAAAGAAAAA